UGUGUCAAGGCGAUAAAAUAUCCUCCGACAUGCCCCCCUCACUCUAGGUUUCAACCUUGCGUCUCUAGCUGCUCAGCGAGGUGCGGCAUCAACAAGCCCAAGACAUGCGUCACCAGUUGCCACAGGGGCGCUUGUGUUUGUGACGAGGGCUUUGCCGAAAUAUGGGGAUAUGACGGGAGGAGUUGCGUGCCCCAAGAUAAGUGUGAAUGGCACCUCCGCCGUUUAUUCGCCGGUAAUGGCACAUUUUUGAACGGUGCUGGGGUCGGCUUGCAUGGAAGUGCGAUCCGACCAGGUGGCCUGGUAAUAGGCCCAGGGGGUGUGUUUGCACCUGGUGCGAUAGGGCUUCUUCCGGCGGUGUCAGGGAUGGUCGCCGCAGGCGCUUCCUUAAUUGGUACCAGUAGAGGUGGUGGUGCAAGUGUCGGUGUGCGAGGAGCAGGUCCCUCCAUUUCACUCACUGGAGGAUCAGGCGCGAGCGGCGCUGGAAGUGGUAUGGUGGGUUUGGGCACACAUGGUGUGGGAAUGAACCUGCCUGCUUCUGCAGUAACACCUACAGCAGGUACAUUUUCCCGUGGUAGUUCUGGAAAUGGCGCCACUGGAUUAGGCGUGGGUUCAAUGAGUGGAGGUGGGGCUUUUGGCGCCUCCGGUGUCAAUGCUAACACGGGAAGCGCAUCGUUAAGUGGUGGUGCGGGAGUUACCGGGUCUAGCGCCGGCGUUAACCACGGAAGUCCAUUGUUAGCUGGCAGUGCGGGAAUUCGUGGGUCCAGUGUCAGUUUUAACACGGCAGGUGCAUCCUUAACUGAGGGUGCCAGAAUUGCUGUGUCUGCUGGGAGCGGUAACCCAGGUGGCGCAUCAAUAAUGGGUGGUGAGGGAGGUAGUGGUACCAUUGUCGCUGUAAAUGGCGCAGCCAUUCCUUCUCUCCCGGUGGGACCAGGUGGCGGCAGUUUCGGAAGCAGCGCUGCGGGUAUACACACAAGUGGUGUCGGAUUGCACAUCCACCCAACUGCAGUAACCUCCACUGUGAGUACGCCCUCCACUAAUUCCGCGAGAUUUGGCUCUGACAGAGUCGGAGGGAACUCGAUGGGUACAUCCUUUGGCAGCGUAGUAGGGUUCGGCAAUGUCGGUGGUGGUUUAUCUACAGGGGGCACACAUUCAACUAGUGGUUCAGCACCUGGCACGGAAUCUGGCACAGGCGGCGCUGGAGUCCAUGCUCCAGGUGUUACCAGUGGGGGCCCGUUAGGCACAACGUCAUCAGAAGCGGCCCACUCGUCUAACAUUGAAAGAAAUGGCGAAGGCAGCAUAAAUGGCUCAGCGAUUUCACAUUCAGGUGGCAGUACAGAAUCUCGCGGAGUUACUGGUGCCAUAAAUAUAGGAGGUGGGCACUCCAGUUUUUCAACUUCUUCAGGCGCGCGUACUGACGUAGGAGCUUCAGUCGCCGGCAGUAGUGUAGGGAGUGUUUCCGGGAGUCAUACAGCCGUGAGAGAAGGGAUGGUACGAUCUGGUGGCGAAGGAUAUGGCGGGGAACACAACGGUGAAAACCUAAAUCAUUUAAAUCGUUCGCAUACCUCGGGAACUGGUGGAGCCGAUGCCAGUCUACAUGGAACAGGUUCCAGCUCUACGAGUACCACUCUAUCCACGACUGGUGUCACAACUGCUACAGAAAGUGGACGCACAAGUGGUACGACCGGGCAUGUUUCAAGCGGUAGCGGAACAUUAGAAGGGUCAGCUAUAUCUAGUACAGGUUUACAUGAAGGAGUAGCUUCUGGACUAACCACUGAUGUUUCAUCUGUAAGUGGCAGCGCAACUUCUAGCGGGGCCCCUCUUACUAUAAGAACAGAACAUACAGACACAAGGGUUUCUACGGGUUCGGGAUUCAUAGGGGUAUCAACGGGCACAGGAAAUGCACUUUCUUCUGUAUCUGAAGCAAUCGGUGGUGGUGCUUCCCGAAUGAAUUCCGCGAUUACGUCUUCACAUGGCACUAGAAGACACGAUGGGGCUGGUACCGGAAUAACCGGAGGGAGUACAUCGUUAGGUGGUACCAGAAGUAUCGGGGGGAUUAGUGUUAGCGGUGGCGGGGUCGGAACAGGCCCAAUGGGUAUACGCUCACCCGCAGUCGCAGUACCAGUGGGUGUUGCUUUCGUAUUAUCGCCAGGAAAUGCGACCGCAUCUGGUGCCGUAGGAAAUGGUGGGAUUGCUGGGAGUGGCGCCACUGUCGGAUUAGUCCCAGUGAGUGCACAUUUAAGUGGAAUUACAGUACCUGACGGCACUCAUUUUAGAUUGCACCCGGGAACCACUGGUACAGUUGGUGCCACCGAGAAUGGAAGGGUCACUGGGAGUGGACCUCCUCUCCGUGUAGGAUCCGCGACUAUAAUCCUGCCUGCUGGAGCAGCAUCAGGUGGCGUUGGUAUUGGAUUGUCCCCAGGGGCUAUGACAACAGGGGCUGUCACAGGCCUUAACACGUUUGGUGGAAGCAGCACUUCUGCAGGUCGACUGGGUGCCCUGGCUAGUGGCGGUGUUAUCAGUGCCAGUACAAACGGAGCCAGUACAGCUUCACUUGGAGCCACAGGAGGUCGUGGCUCAGGCGUUGGGUUUGGUGCAGGGUCUGCGCACACAGGUGGUAAUGCAGGAUCUGUUGGGUCCGGCAAUGGAGCACUCACAGGCGUUUACUACCCAGCUAAUUAUCUCGUCUAUGGCGUGCCUCCUCCUGGAAUGCUUCCUAGUGGGGCACCGUCAGCUAACAGAGCAACCAAUGGCGCGGUCACUUCUAGUAGCCUCACAGAUAUCAGCACAGCGUAUCUCGGAGGUGUGGACAUUGGGGAAUCGCGAGAAAAUUCUGAAGGUCUCACGGAGAGUGGAGGUAAUCCAAAUAAUGCUCACCUCAUGCGUUAA